AAAAAGAACAAUCCAUUUAUGAUUUUUGAUAUCCAGAUUGAUAUCUCAUCUAAGACAAUUGGUGAUACAAAUGGUAGACCGAUAACACUUUUGACAAGUCGUACGUUCAUUUUAUGCAUUUUAUCUUGUUUUAGUCAGUGAGAAAUACGUUUGAAAAUAACUUUUGUUCAGAAGAAUCCGAUAGAAAUUUUGGCUGAUCAUUACGGAAUUGAAAUUAAAUACACAAUUCACAAGCAGUUUUGAUUUUGGUCAUGUAUUAUUUGAUUGAUUAUUUGGUAAUGGCUAAUAUUUCAUCAGCUAUGCUAUGUUCAAAUUUUGCAAAAAAGGAACAGAGAGGUUAUAAAGGCCCCUGGGGUAAAAAAAGGAAACGUGGAUCACCUGCGAGCGAAGCGAACAGAAAAUUUGGCAAUUACGCCCCUUAGAUUAGUUUAAAAUUCCUUUUCAGAACGUUUUCUUGGAGUAAUUCGACACGUUAAAUGGUUGUCAAUUAUCCGACGAAGGCCCGAGCCCCCCAAACCCCCAUAAUUUCCGCCACUGCCUAGCCUACUUUUACGGUACGGCUCCUGCUGGGGGGUAGGUACAAACAUCGUCACUAUAAGUCUUCCUAUAACAUUUCAACUUUUUGUAAUGAGAUAAUAGCAUUGUGACCCUUAGUGCCCGGCUUUUAAGACAGCAGCAUUGCUCGUAACAUACCUUGUUUUUUCUGUCCAGUUCAAGUCGCUUAUCGCGCCUUUCGGAUCUUGGCCUCCUUUCCAUACUUCGAUUCACCUCAAUUACUCUUAUCACAAAUUCAUAUUUGCGAAAGAAGAUUGCAACGAGAUGAAAUGGCCAGAGGACUUUAAUAGAACCGUUGAUAUGUAAACGUUCUCAUUCUUAUAAAGAAAUAAAGUUGAAUUUGUUUCAAGUGGAGGAAUAAUUGCUUUUUUCUAAAACUUUAUCGGCCUGAAAAUGCAAUAGAUGAUUUUAAGGUGGCACGGUGGCGGCCUAGUGUAGCCAGAAGUAACACGAGUUACUUCUUGUCCGGAACAAAGAUUAUCAGAGAGAGUACAGGACCACAUAUCAUGGAGGGAUCUAUAAUGGACGAAAACUUUCUGUUUGGUAACUUCGAAGAGCAGCCAACAGUUAGAAAUAAAUCAAAGAAAAGUAGAAAACGGAAACUUUCAGACUGCAUUGUUGGAGACGAUGGCCUACCAACGAUGGAACUCCCAGAAGAGCUUUCCAAGCUCAUGGAACAGAAAGAUAGAUAUAUAAAUCAGCUUGAGGAGCAAAACAAUAAACUCAAGGCAGUGAUAAAGCGAUUGUGUGGACCCCAGAAUUUUUUAGAGAAGGGAAACCUUUGGGAACGAGGUUCAACAGCAACAAUGCCCAUGGCUGUUGUGCUUUUGCUAAAUAAUGAAAUGUCAUUUGCUUUGAAGAAAGAUGUCGAAGAAUCAAUGCUCAAUAUAUUGUUUUCAAAUAAUGGGAAUAUGGAGGGCAAAUUGGCUUUAACUCAAGACCUUAAGACACAACAGUCUGCAAUACCAUUGAGAGCUUUUACUGUAAGCUCGAAAGGCAAACGAUUGCAUAUUGCCAAGAAUGCAUCAAAAGAUGCUGUUGAGCCACACAUCUAUAGCGCUGUACAUUACUACUUUGAUUUCUGCAUUGACAGAACAGGGCUCCCAUUGCUUGAACACAAUCCAGGGAUAACUGAAGUUUGGGCCAUCCCAGUUUAUGAUCAAGUCUUCUUCAAUGCCCUUCCAGUCAUAGAUGAUGACGGUAAGAAGGUAUUUGUAAGGCAGAGGAGGUCAAAAUAUUGUUUUAAUUGCCUUGGUGAUCAUAAUGUAAAUCAAUGUGACCAACCAAAAGAUAUGGCCAGAAUAAAUACAAACCGACAAGAUUUUGUAAGCAAGUUUGGGGGCUCUCCAAGUAAUGAUUCAAGAUAUCAUGAUGGUGAACAGGAAAGGUUCAAGUCAUUUAAAGCUGGAAUCAUCAGUGAAAAUCUGAGAGAAGCAUUAUGUAUUGGCAAAGAUGAGCUGCCACCAUAUAUUUAUAAAAUGAGGACUCUGGGGUAUCCACCAGGCUAUGUUAAGUCAACUUCAACAGGUCUUCUGAUGUAUGGCAAAGAAGGUCAAAUUCAAGAUAGUUAUGAUGGAGAAGAAGGUGAAAUACAAGGGCAAAAUGUUACUCAUGAGGUUCAAUACCCUGGUUUCAAUUCUCCAAUGGAAGAAGGUGUUAUUGACAGAUCUAUUGAUUAUGGGAUGCCUCCAUUUGAAGAAUGGCGUUUCUUUGAGCACAACAGAUCUCAUGCUGGCAAUUCUCCAAUGCAACCUCUUCAAGCUCCAUCACAGGAUAAUUUUAAAAGGACGAGUAAUAAUGCUAACAGAGGAACAGGUUUGGAUGACAUGGAAAUAGAAGAUACCCAUGGUCACUUGGAAGACAAAAAGAUAAUGUGUAGUUCUCCUAUGAAUGGGGUUGGAAAUAGCUCAUCCAUUACACCACAUAAGGUGAAUGACACUUCUGAGAAACCCCAUCUUCAAACAAACAGCAGCCUUUACCCACCACCAUUGCCACCGUAUACUCCUGAAAAAGCACCACCUCCCCCCAGUCAUGGCCCUAAUGAGAGUGCCAAUGAAUCAGCAUUCACUGCUAUUGAAAUAGGGGAAAUUCUUGAAGAAGCUGAGAUGAGAGCAAGACAGACAAAAGUCUUAGAUUCUUACUUAGAGCAAGGACAAUCAGCCCAAGCCGAGGGGUCUUCUCAUCGACAAUGGUGGAACAAGGAGCCAUUGUCCGAUACUGCUGGCAUAUUAUACUUCACAUGUACACCCCCUCCAAGUUUAAGAAUUGAAUUGUCAUUAUCAGAAGUAUUUAAAUUUUGUGCAAAGGAUCUUGAUAGAGAACCAUGGAAAACAGACAGCACUAGUUGGUAUGAUCCAUUAUAUGGUGAUCUUUCAGCUCCUACAGGUAUUUAUGACUCAAUCAAAGAAAUUCUGAAAAGAAAAAAGAAGAGAGGACGAAAGAAAUGUUAAUUAUAUUGAUGUCUUUUUUAUCUAAAAUUGCAGGGACAGCUACUACGAUAUAUUUCUGUGAAGGUGACUAAAUAUUAGAGAAGUGAAAUGAACUUAGGUCUAGUAAAGUUAUUAUGAUAAAAUAUGAUAAACGUUAUUGUGAUAAAGGUUAAAAUUGUGAUUAACGUUUCGACAGUUGUGUUUGAUAUGAAAGCCAAUCCCUUGGGCACUAUCUCUUUUAUUUUGUCUACAUGUAUUUUCAAAACAUAGAAUUUUGGAA